AUGGACUUUGAUUCCGCUCACGAUUCAGACUCGCAACCGUUGAGCGACGCUGUAACGGGAAAUUCAGAGUCAAACACAGAGUACACUGACAACAGCAGACCAGACGUAGCAACUUCACGGGCACGACAAAUUAUAGCCAACACUAACCCGGUUCGUCGUGCGUCUUUCGCACCUUCUCGCUUGAGUGCUGUUUUUGAUCCCAAUGUCAUAAGUACCUGGUGGAAUGCUGUCGGUGGUCAGCAAGAUACAACAAAGGCUCAGAGAAGGGCAACGGUGAUUGACUAUAAUAGUGUUAAGACUGGAUUGGGAACUAUUCGCGGUGACAUUUCUCUGCUUGCUAGUGAUGUUGUGGACGAAGAUCUCGAUUCAAUCUUUGCAAGCUUCUUGGUUGAUUUGGGAUUACCUGAACACGCGAGGAUGAAGAUGAUGUCAAUGCCUGAUGAUCAAAAACGAUUGAUCCUUCAUUCGAAUGAACAAGCUCAAGCAUUCAGGCAACAGCGUCUCGACCGCCAACAAGAACAAAUACAAAACCAGUCUAGUUUUGGCUUGAGUAGUUCGGAAUCGAAUACCGACGAUUUGACUUCCCCAAAAGAUGCACAAUUAAAUCAGUCCGCUAUGACAGGUGAAAGCUCACACAAUAAUGAUGCUGAUCCGAACACGAAGUCAUCCCAUAGACUGUCAGGUGGUUCAUGGUCGAGUGUAGAGUCCACCUCUCCAACAUCUUCACAACCUACAAACGUCCAGGAAGAACGCCCACUAUCGCCAACAUCAUCCAGCGUUGCUAGAGGAUUUCUUAAAUAUUGGUUUGGAUCAUUAACAUCUUCAACAAAAUCUCAGGAUACUCCCGAGUAUUACAUUGGAGAAUUAACGCAAAGGAAUACGCAACAGGUACUUGCAAAUCGAUUGACAUCACUACGAGUGACUUUAUCACAUGUUAAGAUGGCGUGGAUUAGGUCUUUUCUAGACUUAAAUGGUUUAUCAGUGUUGGAGGCAAUUCUGGAGAAGCUUACUGACCUCAAUAAGAACCGUGCUGCGAAGCGAUCCGAUCACGACGAUAAAAUACAAACAGAAUGUAUAAGAUGCUUACGAGUAUUAAUGAACACAGAGCCUGGCUUUGGUAGAGUAAUUCAAUCUCCCUCUCUCAUCUCAUGCAUAGUGUUCUCUCUAAGUACACGAAAUCACAAAUUGCGUGCUCAAGUGGCAGACGUAUUGGCUGCGUUAUGUGUGCUAUCCCUUGAGGGUCAUCGCCUGGUUCUCAACGCAUUAUCUGAUUUCCGUAAUAUACAUGAGGAGAAGUACCGUUUUGAACAUUUG